UGGGUGGGGGCGCAUCUGGCCUCCUCGCCGCCCAGUGACAAGCAGAGGGAGAAGAACAGCACAGAAGUGGGCUCUGACUCCGGAUCCUUCUGCUCCGGACGGACGAGGGGGUGGCCAGGAGGUGGGCGGGAGAGGUCUGAGGCUGGGUUGAGGAGGUGGCCGGAGUGGAGCCUCCCGCCCGGCCGGCUGGAGAGGUGGCAGGACAGCAGCCGAAAGGGACAUCCUAGGACUCCUCCUGAGGGCUGGGAAGGGCUCAGAGUGGCUGCAGCCCCCGCCUCUGCCCUGAAACUCUGGUGCCAUGGCCCUGACCACCCUGGGACCCCUGCCCACGUCCUCCUUGAUGCCUAGCACGGAAGAGGAAGGGGGCGAGUUUGACAACUAUUACGGGGUCGACAACCAGUCGGAGUGCGAGUACACGGAGUGGCGGUCCUCCGGCGAGCUCAUCCCCGCCAUCUACCUGCUGGUCUUUUUCCUGGGCACUGCAGGCAAUGGCUUGGUGCUGUGGACUGUGUUUCGGAGCAGCCGGGAGAAGCGGCGCUCGGCCGACGUCUUCAUCGCUAGCCUGGCGGUGGCCGAUCUCACCUUCGUGGCGACGCUGCCACUCUGGGCCACCUACACCUACCGGGACUACGACUGGCCCUUCGGAACCUUCUCCUGCCGGCUCAGCAGCUACCUGGUCUUCGUGAACAUGUAUGCCAGCGUCUUCUGCCUCACUGGCCUCAGCUUUGACCGAUACUUGGCCAUCGUGAGGCCGGUGGCCAGCGCCCGGCUGCGGCUGCGGGUCAGCGGGGCCUUGGCCACGGCAGGGCUGUGGGCGCUGGCUGCGCUGCUGGCCGCGCCGGUCAUGGUGCUGCGCACCACGGGGAGCCCGGACAACAGCACCGGCGUACACUGCUACAUGAACUAUUCCCUGGUGGCCUCCUCGGUGGACUCUGAGUGGGCCUGGGAGGUGGGGCUGGGUGUCUCGUCCACGGCCGUGGGCUUCGUGGCCCCCUUCUCUGUCAUGCUCACCUGCUACUUCUUCAUCGCCCGGACCAUCGCCGGCCACUUCCGCAAGGAGCGCGCCGAGGGCCUGCGCAAGCGGCGCCGGCUGCUGGGCAUCAUCGUGGUGCUGGUGGUGACCUUCGCGCUCUGCUGGCUGCCCUACCACCUGGUCAAGACGCUCUACAUGCUGGGCAGCCUGCUGCACUGGCCCUGCGGCUUUGACCUCUUCCUCAUAAACAUCUUUCCCUACUGCACCUGCAUCAGCUAUGUCAACAGCUGCCUCAACCCGUUCCUCUACGCCUUCUUCGACCCACGCUUCCGUCAGGCCUGUGCCUCGGUGCUCUGCUGGGGCCAGCGCGGCUGCGGGGUGCCCUCUCACAGCAGCGGCAGCGGGGACAAGUCUGCCAGCUACUCUUCGGGGCACAGCCAGGGUCCGGGUGCCAGCGCGGGCAAGGGCGGGGAGCAGAUGCAGAAGUCGCUCCCCUACAGCCAGGAGACCUUAGUGGUGGACUAGGGCCCUGGGACCGGCUGCAACUGCGCAUGCUCCUGCUGGCCCUCACCGGUCCUCCAACUGUGCGCCCACCUCGUGCAAAGUCUUUCCCCUAGCCUCAGUUUCUUCGUUUGCAUAAGAUGGGGACAGGCACUGCAGUCCCUGCGCUGGGGAGUUCCGACUCAGCAGGGGCCUUCCGCUCGGUCCUUAGAUCCCCACGUCUCUCUCUCCUCUUUGUUCCAGGCAGUCCUCACCUUCAGCGCGACCCUUCUGUCCCUCCACCAGCACCCAGCUGGGCCUGCUUCCUUGGGGCUCCUAAAGGUUACGGAUCCCAAGGUGGGGGCUGCGCAUGAGCAGAGAAGUAGUCCCGCAGUCCCGGUGCCUGCAGAGCUCAGGGCACCUGGCUGAGGACCCCAAGAGAGAAGCACUGGGGAUGGGUCCCAGUGCCGCUCCCACCCCAGCCUUCGGAGAGCCGCACGUCCUAGGCUCCCAGGAAGCUUCCGACAAGAACAGGAGGAUGUCCCGGUUACCCUGCGGGGAGUUGGGCUGGCAAAAGCCAGCCGGGUGGGGGGGUCCCUUUCCUCUCCGCCUGACCCCUCCCCUCCCCCAUAUCUGAGUAGGGGGCCGGGUGCCCGUGGGAACGCAAGCUAAGCCAGGCUUCUGGCAGGAUGCAUGAAGGCAAAGGGCCCAGCUGCAAUGCACUCGGAUGCGUACCCUCCACUGUGGUGGAGAAGAAGAGAUCUGGGGGCGGAGAGGGCCCGGUGAACGCACCCCACUGGGUGGGGCCCCACGGCAGGUCCGUGGUCUGCGUCUAUGCCGGGUUGCCUGCAGGGAGUCCCCACUGGUGUCCUAGCGGCUCCUCCUCAGUUUCCGCGUUGGGAGGGGCGCUGCUUAGAGCCCUAGCAGCCCCGAGUUUGCAGCGUUCCCCUCCCCCACUCCUGUUUCUGGGGUCCCUUCAGCUUUCAGAAUGGCAGUGAAGGGGCUGAUAGCCUGACGUUCCCACUGCCAGAGGGGCCUAUGCGACUGGAGCAGGCGGCCCAUCCUGUCCUGGGCUUGUCCUGGGGACUCUGCAAAUGCAGGAUAGGACAAAUGCAGCAGGGACUGGAAGAACCCUGCUUGAGGUGUGAGGACACUUGGACUGCCUGAAUGGAAUCCUUUGUGCCGCAGAGGCAGGAGGAUCUCCGUGACUCGGUCUCCUACCCUGGGGCCAGAACUUUCCAGUGCUCACUGUGGCCAGGCUGCCUGCAGGGCACCCAGGUGGCUACCCACGGCACAGAAGGUGGCGCUCCCUGUCCCCUUCUCCAGGCUGUCUCCUUGCUAUCUCCCAACCCCUGUUAGUCACUGCGGCUCAUCCAAUAAAGUGUGUUGUG